CAUAAUUGAUGAAAAAUUAACAAAUGAAAUGAAAGUUAAAAUAUUGUCCUUAUCAUUCAAAAUAUCGGGUGAUCCAAGACUAACAGAUGUUUGUUGAAUUUAUAAUCAAAUGAUGAAUUAUUUAAAUAAUUCGAUAGGCAGUGCAGUGACUGGUGAUUCUGGCUUGCAAUUGAACAAUGUAGAAGUAUUAUAUAGUAAAGUGCAAAGAGUUUAUAUGAAACCGCAAAAUAAAGAAGAACGUCAACGCGAGCUGAGAGUUAAUGUGGAAAGCCAUGCGGGUAUUAGUCCUGUGUGUCGCAAAAGUUUGUGUGUUUUGCUAGCAGAUGAUGACGACCCAUGUUUUCUUUAUUCCUUGUUCAUUACGGAAGAAGAUUUUAAAAUUUUAAAGUCUCAGCAAGGUCUAUUAGUAGAUUUUGAUAAUUUUGCAACUCAAUUAAUGUAUUUGUUAGAACAAUGUCAAAUACCUUCCGGAAACUUAUCAAAAUCGCCACCGAAAUUUUUGUUAUUAUUAGCAGAAGAAGGUGGAGAAUGGAUAUUAAAAUUGGUUGAAACAAAUAACUUUAAACAUUUAUGUCAUUUAAGCUUAAAUAUAUCACCUGCAAGUGAUUCAGAUUUAAAGACACACAUGGCUAUGAAAAUUAAACAAUUGAAAGAAAAUAUUUUACAACAAAAUAGAGAUGCGCUUGCACUUGAAACAAGACUGAGUGAGUUGUUAAAUAAAGUAGAAACAAAAACAGCAGAAUUAGAUCAAUUGGAACAAAAGUACAUGACUGAAAAAAGUCAAAUGCAAAUAUUUUCAUCAGAGCAAAUAAGUCUUGAAAAAGAUAGAUUUGCUAAAGCACAGUUAGAGUGGCAAUGUCAAAGUGAAAAACAAAAAAUAGAAAUAGAACGUAGACAUACAGAAAUUAUAAAACAGCUUCAUACUGAACUUGCAGAAUUACGUACACAAAAUUUGACAUAUAAAGAUAAAUUAUCUCUUCUUGAAGCAACUAAUAUGGAACAAUUUAAACAGCUGCAAAAUCUUGAAAAAGAACUUAAUGUCACUCAAAGAGAUUUGAAUCUACUGAAAAAACAAAAUUCUAAACUAGAUACAGACUAUCAUGAGAAAGAUAAAUCAGUAAACAGUUUAAAAACAAAAGUUGCUGUACUUGAACAAGAAUUAAAAGAUAAAGGUGUACUUAUUACCAAACAUACUGAAAUGUUAAAAACUGUUAAAGAACAAAAACAACAUCUUGAAGAUCUUUUAACUGAGAAAGAAAAUCAAUUACAACGUAAACAAAAUUCUUUACGAAAUGUAAGCGAUGAUUUAGUCAAAGCUCAUGAUAUAUUAACAAAAUUACAAAACGAACUUGCUUCAACUAAAUCUAAAUUAAAAUUAAGAACUAGUAUAGCACUUGAACAAGAAAGAUUAUUAGAUACUAAACAAAAAGAAGUUGGCCAAUUAGAAAUCAAAAUGGAAAAUUUAAUGAAAGAAGCAAAGGAUGCAAACACAGAGAUUGAAAAUUUGAAGGAACAACUCAAAACUCAAAAAAGUCAGUUAGAAGAGAAAGAAAAAAUAAUAAAAAAUAAUGAUAAUGUAAUUAGUUGGUUAAAUCGACGAUUAGCAGACAGUCAAUCUCCAUUACAAAAUACUACUGCAGCAGCAGCAAUUACUGUACCAUCUUCAAUUCAGUUAACAUUACCUCGAACGAAUAAAUUAAUUAGUAAUAAAUAUGAAACACGUACAUCUGCACCUAAUACAGUACAAUCAAAUGCGUUAUCUGGAUUGCCACUAAGAAAUCCCAUUAUACAAAAUCCAAAUAUUAAUCAAACUACACGUAUGACAGCACGCUCAAUGGGUGUUGGUAUUACGGAUAAUACAAUAGGCAUAUCAACGUUUACUAAAAGUGGUGUUUCAAGUACUAGUACACCUAUGGAACGUAUCAAUUCUUUGAACAAAUUGCCUGGAAAUGUUGCAGGUUCUUCUUCAAUGCCAGCCAUUGUAGAAAAUAACAAUUCAUCUGUACCAUUAAAUAGUACAAAGACAAAAAGUACAAGUAUUACACUACAAGGUGGAUUAAGAAGAGCAGGUUUGUCUGAUAAACCAAUUUUACCAUCUGCAUAUUUUCCUAAAACAUUACAUUGAUUAAAUAUGAAACAAAAAUUAUCAGUAUAUAUGUAAAGUAAUAACAUACAUCAAAGUUGGAUGUUGCCAUACAAAAGUACUAUGUAUAAGAUAGAUGAUUAAUAUUCCAAUUAAUGUUAAAAAACAGUACAAAAUAGUUACACAAAACAAGUAACAUUAAAACAAGUUUUAAAUUUUAUAUUUAAAGAUUUUAUAAAUUUAUGUGCAUGUAUUGUAAGAAAAUAGUGUAUAUAUGUAUAUGUAUAUA